GCGUAAAAUAAAGAGGAAAACUCGUUCUGCUUGGCGUGAUGGUAAGAAAGCUACCGUUUGAUCGACUCGGCUGAGGGAGAGAGUUCCGUGCAGUCGGGAAACUGCGGGAGCCCAAACCGUCAUCGGGAGGGGCGGGAUCAUGGGCAAUUCAGAGUCGUCCGACGCCGACUCGCAUUUCAUCUCCGCCUCCCGGAGAUUCACCAAGAAAGAGCUGGAGGAUCUGCAUGCGCUCUUCGUGUCCCUCGCUGCACAAUCUCAAAGCAACGCCCAAUACAUCAUCCCUUCGGUGUUCCAGGCAUUUUUUGGUAUCCAUGGGCCUCUUGGCGAGAGGAUAUUUGACUUGGUCACACAAGAAAGGAACGACCAGAAGCUUACAUUUGAAGAUCUUGUAAUCGCUAAAGCAUCGUAUGAAAAAGGGACUCGGGAUGAAAUUGAUAAUUUCAUAUAUCAAAUUCUGGAUAUAAAUGGAGAUGGUCUUGUAAAUAGGUCCGAUUUGGAAGCUGCCCUACUUUCAAUGCAUGGGACAAUUUUUUCUUCAAAAUGCCUAAAAGAUGGGUGCAAUUCGUACCUGAAUAUUGUGGAAGUUUUACUGAAUGCUGCUACAUUUUCAGUGGAAGUUAGGGGCAGCGAACAUACCAUGUCAUUCAAUGAAUUCAGGAAUUGGUGCAACCUGCUUCCAUCAGUGAGAAAGUUUCUUGGUGGCUUGCUAACUGGAAACUCAGGAAGAUUAGGCUCCCCUGUACCUCGGCAGUUGUAUCCUGAAGAUUUAUCUUCAGUACUUAUUAUGAAAGAACAAUAUGCAUGGGUUAUUGGCGGGGCACUCACUCAGCAAGAAUUGGAGGAAUGGAAGCUUUUAUACCAUAGUUCAGUUGAUGGUCUGAGUUUCAAUACUUUCCUGGGCAAUAUAAUGCUUGGAAAUGGACCCACUAUCCUACUUGUCAAAGAUAAGGCUGGCUACAUUUAUGGAGGCUAUGCUUCUCAGCCUUGGGACAGGCAUAGUGAGUUCUAUGGUGAUAUGAAAUCCUUUCUCUUCACAUUGUAUCCACGUCCUUCAAUCUUCCGGCCUUCAGGACUAAACACCAACUUGCAAUGGUGUGCUUGGAACUUUUCAUCAGAGAAUGUCCCAAAUGGCAUUGGUUUUGGUGGACGGGUGAAUCACUUUGGACUUUUUCUAUCAGCGAGCUUUGAUUCAGGUCAUUCAUUUCAAUGUAGCACUUUUAACAGCCCUUGCUUAUCUUUGGAGACACAAAUCGUUCCUGAAACGAUAGAGUGCUGGGGUGUUAUUGUGAAAGAUAUACAGCAGCUGGGAAAGCUUGAACCUGUUAAGGGGAAUGUCUUGCAGAGGUUUAAAGAGGACCGACACAUGCUGAAUAUGGUUGGACUUGCUAACUCUAGUGAAUGAAUCAGUACAAAGAAACUGCAAACAUCGAGUCAAAUGAGAUUAAUUGUGUUUCUAACAUUAUUAGCAUUUAGAUUUACAUUGAUUCCUUUUUAUCGAGGAAGCCGCUCAUGUAGCUCUCUCUCUCUCUCUCUCUCUCUCUCUCUCUCUGAGCUUGUAUAUUAUGCUGUUGUGCUACUGCAACUUAUGUGGUAAUAUCUUCAUAUAGUUAAAAUAUUUUCUUUGAAGGAAACGAGCUUCUGGGUUA